GGCAGAAGCCUGCGGGCCCCAAGGCAGCAGCAGGUUGAAACAGGCUAGUGGCAGGGAGAAUAUCAGACCAAAACAGGCUUGUUGGGUGGGCAGGAUAGUGAGGCUGCUGGAGAGAAAAGAAACAGCAAAUAGCUCAGAAGAGUCUGAAGGAGAUAGAGAAUCACAUACUACUCUUCAAAAAGAUUUCAGUGGAGCUCCAAGAGACAGAAAGGCAGCAAACAGCCAAGCUGGAAAGAAGAGAUUGUCUCCAAACUCAGAAGAGUGCAUGGGCACAGGAGACUGAUAGCAGCCAAGUAAACAGAGUUCACAACUGUGGUAGCCGCAGGAGCAAAGACUGCUCAGUGACAAGCAUGAGCACUGUUCCACAGACCUGUGACCAGGAGCUGAGAACAGGUGCAAAGAAAGAACGAUGCCUUCAGGGGAAAAGCCUACUUCUGUGUGCACUUCUUCUCAGUGCUCUCCUUGGCUUUACAUUGCUUAUCACCUACCUCAUGAUGACUUGUGCUCUAGGAUCCUGUGAUGCUGAGUCAGAUCCUGCUCUAUUGGCAAGACUUCUGAAUUCUAGGAAUGACACUGUAAACCCCUGUGAGAACUUCUACAAAUAUGCCUGUGGCAGAUGGGAAGGCAAACAGUCAAGCAGAACCAGAGAAGAAUCACUAAAUGUAUUUGAUGUGUUGUUGGAAGAAAACCUGUUGAUCCUGAAAAGGCUUUUAGGUAGGGUCAGAUGAUUGGUGUGUUACCUUCGGCAUCUGCCUCGGUCAGAUCUGACAAUAGUAGUGACAAUCAUUCCUAACAGGGGCUGAGUCCCUUCUCUUCGUUCUUCUAUCAUUACAGAAAGUCCACAGUUUGGGAUAAGAGGUUCAGCCAAGGAGAAAGCAAUCCGAUUUUAUCGUUCCUGCAUGGAUACUGAACAAAUAGAAUCCCAAGGAGCUCAGCCACUGAAGGACCUCCUAAAUCAGGUUGGUGGCUGGCAUAACACAGAUGUAGGGGAAACAAAAGAUUUUAAUGAAACUCUUCAGAUUCUCAUGAGUAGAUACAGCACCUUUCCGUUUUUUAGAGUCCAUGUGGGACCUACUCCUUUUGACCCCAAGACCAAUAUUAUUCAGAUUGACCAUCCUGAGUUUGAUAUUCCACUUGAGAGUGAAUUCAAAGAGAAAAAUUAUCUUGAGGUUCUCCGUGUGUAUCUUUCGUAUUUGAAGAAAUUGGGAGUCCUACUUGGAAGGACAGAGGAUGGUCCCCCUGACUCAUUUUCCUUGACCUUGUCCUUCAUCUCUAACCUCCAGCGAUUUGUCACUCCACUACAGAAAAGACAGCAGAGGGGGAUGCUGUUCUUUCACACUACCAUUAGGGAGCUACAGGAAAAGGCACCUGCUAUUGACUGGCUGGCUUGUCUCAAGGCUGUCUUCCAUCCUGUGCCAAUGAACCUCUCUCAGCCAAUUGCAGUGCAUGACAUGGAUUACUUAAGCAACAUGUCACAGCUCAUUGAGAAAUGGCACAAGGGAAGGGUCCUUCACAUUUAUAUGAUUGUUUGUCUGGUUGGGAAUCUCUCCCCAGCCCUUGACAGUCAAUUCCAAGAUGCACGCCUGGAGCUGUAUAAGAUCCUUUAUGGAAAAAUGGGAUCUAGAAUGAUCCCAGCUGAACGCUGGAGGAAGUGCUUGACUGAUACCAGCUCUUUCUUUGAGCCAGUUCUAGGGAAGAUGAUUGUGCAAGAAAUUUUCCCUGAGCAGACCAAGAAAUUUGCUGAGAAGAUGUUCUCUGUGAUCCAAGAUGCCCUCUGUGACCGCCUGGAUCAGGUGGAGUGGAUGGAUGAACAGACUCGGCGAAAUGCUAAAGCCUUGGUAUCCAAACUACAAGUGGAGAUUGGUUAUCCAGCUCACAUGCUCCAGACUGACAAAGUGAACCUGGAAUACCAGAAUGUGAGCUAUAUAAUUCACAUUCCCUGUCUCUUCCCUCAGCUGGAAAUAAAGGAAGAUACUUUUUUCCUCAAUGUGGUGGCUUGCUUGAAAGUACAGAGGGAAAAUUCCUACCUGAAGCUCCUUCAGCAUAACCCACAGAAAAGCUGGCAUGUGCACCCCUGGAGUGUGCAUUCUUACUAUUCAAUAAGGCACCACAUGGUGGUCUUUCCAGCUGGAAUGUUCCGCAGUCCUUUUUUCCACAUGGAGUUUCCCAGCGCUGUGAAUUUUGGAGCCAUCGGAGUCUUCAUGGCACAUGAAAUUCUUCACGCAUUCUAUGGUUAUGUGUUGCCUGAGGGCUGUCCUGCAUGCAACAGGAAUGCACUACAAAGCUCUAUAGACUGCUUGGUUGAGCAGUAUGAAAGCUACAGCUUUAAUGUCAAUGGCACCUUCACACUGUUGGAGAAUACAGCUGACACUGGAGGGCUCGCUGUCGCUUACCAGGCCUAUAAGAAUUGGCUGAAAAAGCACAAAGAAGAGGAUUUACCUAAGAUUGGACUUUCACACGAUCAACUUUUCUACCUCAGUUUUGCUCAUGCAAUGUGUGGACACCAGGAUCCAGAGAUGCUCCAGUCUUCCCUGAACACAGAUCCACAUAGUCCCUUGCCACUUCGUGUCUCUGGGCCUGUCAGCAAUAGCCAGGACUUUUCCAAGAGCUUCCAAUGUCCCAGUGGGUCUCCAAUGAACCCAGAAAACAAAUGUCGCAUCUGGUAAUGGGCAUGGAAGAGCAGGAAGAGAGAUGUGAUCCCAGGGAGAGGAAGGCCUGACACGUGAAAAUAUGACCAUCUUCUCAGAGCCUCUAGGGUGACAUGGUGCUCUAAUCCACUCCUUUGCCUUCCUUUUCUUGUCAUCCUUUCCUCAGCAUUUGAUGGCAGGGAAAUUAUUAAACUGAUCUCAUGAGGAGGGGAUCUCCUCCAAGGCUCUCAGUGCUCUGUCCCAGAUGUGUGACAAGUCCCAGGGCAGCAAGGUAACUGGCCAGUUUCUGGUAGGCAACACUUGUGAGGAAUCGUGAACAGAAAGACUGUUACAUUAUUAGUCCCUCUGUUUAGUGCAUUUACCUGUCUGCUCCAGCAGCCUCACAGUCCCGUAGAAAGGGCAAGCCCAUAAACUGGAGCUGUAAGACUUGUUAAUAUCUUUACAACAGCUCUUGGGGAAAUCCUGUGGGUCACUGUGCAAACCACAUGUAACUCACAAGAGAGGGAAGAAUCCUCUUCGCUUCUUUUGCUAAUAAAUGGAGACAGGUGCUAGGAAAGACUCAGUGGUUACAGCUUGUAGGCUGAAAGGUAAAUGACUUAAUAGUGAAGUUUACUGGAGGCCUUCUCUGCCCUGUUUUUGUUUCAUCAGCAAAACUCAGACAUAAGAGGAAAGAGAAAAGCUCCCCCAUUAACGGGAGGGUAACUGGGGAGCUGAGAACAGAUUCUCUUUCUUUUCCAACAAGAUCCUCUUUUUUUAAGUGUCUAGUGUUGAGGAUAUGGUAGAGGAUGCAGUAUGGGAGAGUCACAAAGGUUUCUAGAAGUUUCUGAAGGUUGAACAACUAGAAUUUCCAAGAACUUCUCUGCAUCCUGAACCUGGUUCUCUCCCUACAUUUGUAAAUAUUUACCAUCCAAGCAGAGACAUAGAGAUGUUGCAGGAUUUUACUUUCCACUUGAAACUGAAUUUUAGGUAUUCAUUUGCUUUAGAGCAAAAGCAGAGUAAGAAACAACAUGAUUUGGGGUAGCAGAAGUGCCUAAAGUACAUUCUUAAGAGCAAUAUAGUAAUUACAUCUAUUUCAGGGUCUCAUAAUUAAAAAAUUUAUACCAAUGUUCUAAAAUUUACUGAAUACAAAAUACUUAAUACCAUUUGCAUACUCUUCAAACUGUUCUUGUUUAUGGGAACAUUUUUAUUUUACUUAUUAUAUUGGCUGCCUGGGGAUUGUUUGUGGAAUAGAUGAUGGCAAAUGGAAACAUCCCUUAUCAAUGUAAGCAUUUUAAAACUAACUGUGUUAAUCCUUUCCAAGUACUGACAAAUACAGCAAAAUGUUUCCCAGGAAUGGACUGUUCAGAGAUUUUGUUUUCAUUAACUAACCAAAAUAGUAAUAAAGUAUUUGAUUGCAAA